UAAAGGCCGCUUAGGUGACCGGACCGGCCGGAUCUGACACAGGAACUCCGUGGUGCAAUGCAAAGUCUCGUGUUUGCUCGCAGCCCUCCCAAACCUCAGUUCGCCGGCUGGCUCCUGCAGCAGGUGGAGACGGGCCAGUACAGCGGCCUCUGCUAUGUGGAGCAAAACAAGUUCAGAGUCCCCUGGAAGCACAACUCCAGAAAGGACUGCAAUGAUGAGGACAGCAAAAUAUUCCGGGCCUGGGCAGUGGCCAGCGGGAAAAUCAAGGAGUUCCCCAACAACAAGGCCAGGUGGAAAACCAACUUCCGCUGCGCUAUGAACAAUCUCUCCACGCAGUUCAGGAUGAUAAAAGACAAUUCCAAAAAUCCGGACGACCCUCACAAAAUCUAUGAGAUCGUCAACACCGAGGGUAAGACGGCCAGGUCAGGAAACCACGAGGGCCUCCCCGCUCAAAACUCCCACGAGGAUUCAGACAUGGCUCCGGACAUCUUCAUCUCCCCCACAGAGGAGUUCCCCUCACACAAUCUGCUUAAUCAUUUCGAGGCUUUGGAUCUGGGCGCCCAACCAACAGGGGAGGAAAUGUGGGAAAAUAGCUAUGUCCAACAUAACCCAGCUAUCCUUGGAAGUUAUCAAGCUGCAGCCGAGAACCUCCCACAGCUCCUACCAGAGGGUCAGUCGCCCUACAUCGAGGCAAAUCCUACCCCAGUCUUCGGUUUACCUCAGCAGCCAAAUCUGUGUGACCUGGAGAUCUCCAUCCACUACAGGAAACGAGAGGUGUUAAAGAGGACACUGACGGCCAACCUCCUCCAGCUCCACUACAACCACGAAGUCCCUGACUUCAGCGGACAUAAGAUCUGCUUCCCCACCACUGCGGAUCUGCUGGACCACAAACAGAUUGAAUACACCAACCGCAUACUAAACAGCAUCCAGCGCGGCCUGUUCCUGGAGGUACGAGAUACGGGGAUCUACGCUUGGAGGCAGGACAGAUGUCAUGUGUUUGCCAGCACCAGUGACCCCAGCGUUGCCCAUCCAAACCCUCAGAAAUUGCCCCAGAACACCAUGGUGGAGCUCCUCAGCUUUGAAAAGUAUGUUGAUGAACUCAAACAGUUUAAGGAAAACCGUGGAGGCUCUCCUGAGUACACCAUCAACAUGUGCUUUGGAGAAAAGUUCCCUGAUGAAAAAUCUCUGGAAAAGAAGCUCAUCGUGGUGAAAGUGGUGCCUCUGAUCUGCCGGUACUUCCAUGACAUGGCCCAGAUUGAGGGGGCGUCCUCUCUUCACAGCACCAACGUCAGCCUUCAGAUUUCACACAACAGCCUCUUUGAUCUCAUCAGCUCUGUGUUUACCCUGCCAACGGCUGAGGAGCUGUCGGCCGCCAUACCUUACGCCGACCACUUCUGAAAUCUGAUCCCUGUUCACUCCCUUGUCUGAAGCUCUGCUGAGAAAAAGCUGAUCCGGCGACCUGAAAGCGUCACUCCUGCUAAAAGACAAAUGAGCUGAAUUCAAGUGGCUGCCGAGGACUUUGGCACAGUUAAUCAUCAGGACGUUUAAUGAACUGCUUUUCACUUUAAGUGCACACACUGACCAUUCACUACAUGCUACUCGAUUAGAAAUAAGCUUUACAACACACUGACUGUUACAUUCCUGAGCUCAAAGCUAAAACGGCUAGCGCACACACCUUUAUGAUCACUGUAGAUGUUUGUUUCCCUCAUGACCAACUGGCAAAUAUGGUUAAGUUUUACUUUUCUAGUAGGUCUUGCUUAUCGAGUACAUAUUUAUAGAACCUUUAAAGAUGUAAAUCUAUCUUAAGUCAACACGUUUGUUUUUUUUACGUGGGUCAGAUGUCAUUGUCUCAUUUGUGUGACGUUAGAAUCCUGUUAACUUUAAAAAAAAAUCUUAUUCUGCUGAAUGUCUCCUUCGUCACACAGAAAUUACAUUGUACACUGUGAUAAAUAACUUGUAAAUGCUAAGAACAGAGAUGUUCUAUCAAUAACGGAUCUCCUGUAUCACUGUAUUUCCACAAUGUUUGGAAACUGUAAAAUGUUAAUAAAAUGUUUAAAACUUGAAAAUCAAACAGUUCCUUUUUUCCUCCCAGCACACAAGGCAUCAGA